AUGAUGACCAUCAAGAAAUAUGAAAUCUUCGCCUUUCUGGUUGCCGCCCUUUUUUUCGUUGUGGGAUUAGGAAUGUGGAUUGCGUUCUGGCCAAUUUUCAAUUCAGAGCUUCGAGCGAACUACAAACUACAAGCAAAUGCAGACGGAUCUCUUAAAUAUGCAGCCUUUCUAUAUGCAAAUCCACCCAUGAAAAACGUUAUGAAGUUCAAUUUGUUUAAUGUCACAAAUCCAGACGAAGUCAAAUAUUUUGGAGCCAUGCCAGAACUCAUCGAAGUUGGUGGAUAUGGAUUUUUGGAAUCCGAACAAAAGAAGUACUACGAUUUCAGUAGUGAUAAGACACAAAUGUUCUAUCAGAACUACAAACAAUACCAUUAUAGCCCAGAGGAUUUGGAUGAGGGGUUCAGCUACGAUGACAAUGUUUUGUUCGCAAAUUCUAUAGGAGAAGGAGCGGUAGCCACAAUAUUUGGCCCACAAUCAGAAUUCAGUGAAACUGCACAACUAAUUGCGUCUAUUGGUCUAGUUAUGGUUGGAGAAUACCCUUUUAUGUCUAUCCAAAAAAGUCAAAGACGUGUUAUUCGACGGCUUUUUCGAUCAAUCGUUACAAUUAUGGGAUAUGGAGAACAGUUGAAUUACAUUCCCGAUAUGAGAACGUUUGCUUAUCUUUCUGGGUACAACAACUCUUACGAUGAAAAUUAUUGGAUCAACACAGGAUAUGAAGACUUUAGUAAGCUGGGAUUUGUAGGGAGCUGGGCCGGGCUCAAAGAGCUCCCGGCUUCGUUCUGGCCAACCGAAGAAGCACGGAAGAUUAAAGGGCCAGAUUCCGGAAGUUUAUCUAAACUGCACUUGACUAAAGAUGAUGAGCUUCCAUUCUUCCUAUCCUUCAUGUGUAGGUCAUUCAAAAGGACCUACUGGCAGGAAAAUAUGGUAGAUGGAAUAAAAACUAUGGCGUUCGCUGUUCCACACAAUGAGUUUGAUACUACGCUAGAAGAAAAUGCAGGUUUUCGAUAUAAGAAUUCGGAAAAUGUGGAUUAUUUCCCAGAGUGGUGUAAUGAAAAAACCUCAUCCAAUUCAUCAACGGACUGUCGAAAAACGGCUAACGGCACUUAUCUCUUGCCGCCAGGCUUGUUCCCGCUGGUCUGCUAUCCGGGUCAUAAUGCGCAGCCGCCAUUCACGGUUCUUGUGUCUCCUCCGCACUUUUUGUAUUCGCCACCGGAAGUGCAACAUAAGCUUUCGGGAAUGAGCCCGGACCCCCAGAAACAUAAGCCAAUGGUUUUUCAUCAAGAGAAGACAUCCGGCACAGCACUCCAAGUUGAUGUUAGGUUCCAGGUCAACUUACCUGUUGUCAACAACAAAAAAACAAUUAUGUCAUCACAAAUGCCGAAUGUAAUAAUCCCGCUAUUUUACGAGGACUCUCACGCGGUGUUAAAAGACUUUGUCAUGAAUACCGUCUGGUUGGGAGUAAUCAUCGUGCCACGGAUUAUUGAGUAUUUGAAAUUUGUUCUCAUUUUCAUUUCCAUUGUCAUUCUGGCAGUUUUACUAGUGAUACGGGCUAGAGUUAAGGGUACAGUGACGGUUGUGUAG